GUCCACGCCCAGAGGGCGCUGCAAACUCGCGCCCGAGGACUGACUGCCGCCCCUUCAGCCCCUCUCCCGGGCUGCGCCUCCGCACCCGGGGCCCGGGCAGAAGGGGGCGCGCCUCGGCCCCACCACCCAGGGAGCAGCCGAGCUGAAAGGCCGGGAACCACCGCUUGCGGGAACCACAGCUCCCGAAAGCAAGGCGGAGCUCGGCGGGAGAGGUGCGGGCCGAAUCCGAGCCAAGCGGAGAGGAAUCCGGCAGUAGGGAGCGGACUCCAGCCGGCGGACCCUGCAGCCCUCGCCUGGGACAGCGGCGCGCUGGGCAGGCGCCCAAGAGAGCAUCGAGCAGAGGAACCCGCGCAGCCUGCCGCGCUCCCGCCGCCGGUUCAGGCAGCAUGAGGCGCGCGGCGCUCUGGCUCGGGCUGUGCGCGCUGGCGCUGAGCCUGCAGCCGGCCCUGCCGCAAAUUGUGGCUACUAAUUUGCCCCCUGAAGAUCAAGAUGGCUCUGGGGAUGACUCUGACAACUUCUCCGGCUCAGGUGCAGGUGCUUUGCAAGAUAUCACCUUGUCACAGCAGACCCCCUCCACUUGGAAGGACAUGUGGCUCCUGACGGCUACUCCCACGUCUCCGGAACCCACCGGCCUGGAGGCUACAGCUGCCUCCACCUCCAUCCUGCCAGCUGGAGAGGGGCCCAAGGAGGGAGAGGCUGUAGUCCUGCUAGAAGUGGAGCCUGGCCUCACUGCCCAGGAGCAGGAGGCCACCCCCCAACCCAGGGAGACCACACAGCUCCCGACCACUCAUCAGGCCUCAACGGCCAGAGCCACCACGGCCCAGGAGCCUACCACCUCCCACCCCCACAGGGACAUGCAGCCUGGCCACCAUGAGACCUCAGCCCCUACAGGACCCAGCCAAGCUGACCUUCACACUCCCCACACAGAGGAUGGAGGUCCUUCUGCCACCGAGAGGGCUGCUGAGGAUGGAGCCUCCAGUCAGCUCCCGGCAGCAGAGGGCUCGGGGGAGCAGGACUUCACCUUUGAAACCUCCGGGGAGAACACGGCUGUAGUGGCCGUGGAGCCUGACCACCGGAACCAGUCCCCAGUGGAUCAGGGGGCCACGGGGGCCUCACAGGGCCUCCUGGACAGGAAGGAGGUGCUGGGAGGGGUCAUUGCCGGAGGCCUCGUGGGGCUCAUCUUUGCUGUGUGCCUGGUGGGUUUCAUGCUGUACCGCAUGAAGAAGAAGGACGAAGGCAGCUACUCCUUGGAGGAGCCGAAACAAGCCAAUGGCGGGGCCUACCAGAAGCCCACCAAACAGGAGGAAUUCUACGCCUGACAAGGGAGCCAUGCGCCCCCUCCGCCCUGCCACUCACUAGGCCCCCACUUGCCUCUUCCUUGAAGAUCUGCAGACCCUGGCCUCCCCUGCCACCAGGCCACCUCCCCAGCACUCCAGCCCCUCUGGUCGCUCCUGCCCACGGAGUCCUGGGGUGUGCUGGGAGCUCCACUCUGCUUCUCUGACUUCUGCCUGGAGACUUGGGGCACCGGGGGUUUCUCGCAUAGGACCUUUCCACCACAGCCAGCACCUGGCAUCGCACCAUUCUGACUCGGUUUCUCCAAACUGAAGCAGCCUCUCCCCAGGCCCAGCUCUGGAGGGGAGGGGGAUCUGACUGCUUUGGACCUAAAUGGCCUCAUGUGGCUGGAAGAUCCUGCGGGUGGGGCUUGGGGCUCACACAUCUAUAGCACUUACUGGUAGGACCAAGCAUCUUGUGGGGGUGGCCGUUGAGUGGCAGGGGACAGGAGUCCACUUUGUUUCGUGGGGAGGUCUGAUCUAGAUAUCGACUUGUUUUUGCACAUGUUUCCUCUAGUUCUUUGUUCAUAGCCCAGUAGACCUUGUUACUUCUGAGGUAAGUUAAGUAAGUUGAUUCAGUAUCCCCCCAUCUUGCUUCCCUAAUCUAUGGUCGGGAGACAGCAUCACGGUUAAGAAGACGUUUUUUUUUUUUUAAACUAGGAGAACCAAAUCUGGAAGCCAAAAUGUAGGCUUAGUUUGUGUGUUGUCUCUGAGUUUGUUGCUCAUGUGUACAACAGGGUAUGGACUGUCUGGUGGCCCCGUUUCUGGUGGUCUAUCGGCGGGCUGGCCAGUCCAGGCUGCCGUGGGGCCGCCGCCUCUUUCAAGCAGUUGUGCCUGUGUCCAUGAGCUCAGGGCCAUGCUGAGGCCUGGGCCGCUGCCACGUUGGAGAAGUCCGUGUGAGAAGUGAAUGCUGAGACUCAGCCUUCAGACAGAGAGGACUGUAGGGAGGGUGACAGGGGCCUGGAAAUCCUCCUGCAGACCACGCCCGUCCUGCCUGUGGCGCCGUCUCCAGGGGCUGCUUCCUCCUGGAAAUUGACAAGGGGUGUCUUGGGCAGAGCUGGCUCUGAGCGCCUCCAUCCAAGGCCAGGUUCUCUGUUAGCUCCUGUGGCCCCGCCCUGGGCCCUGGGCUGGAAUCAGGAAUAUUUUCCAAAGAGUGAUAGUCUUUUGCUUUUGGCAAAACUCUACUUAAUCCAAUGGGUUUUUCCCUGUACAGUAGAUUUUCCAAAUGUAAUAAACUUUAAUAUAAAGUAGUCCUGUGAAUGCCACUGCCUUCGCUUCUUGCCUCUGUGCUGUGUGUGACGUGACCAGACUUUUCUGCAAACACCAACAUGUUGGGAAACUUGGCUCGAAUCUCUGUGCCUUCGUCUUUCCCAUGGGGAGGGAUUCUGGUUCCAGGGUCCCUCUGUGUAUUUGCUUUUUUGUUUUGGCUGAAAUUCUCCUGGAGGUCGGUAGGUUCAGCCAAGGUUUUAUAAGGCUGAUGUCAAUUUCUGUGUUGCCAAGCUCCAAGCCCCAUCUUCUAAAUGGCAAAGGAAGGUGGAUGGCCCCAGCACAGCUUGACCUGAGGCUGUGGUCACAGCGGAGGUGUGGAGCCGAGGCCUGCCCCACAGACACCUUGGACAUCCUCCUCCCACCCGACUGCAGAGGCCAGAGGCCCCCAGCCCAGGGCUCCUGCACUUGCUUAUUUGACAACGUUUCAGCGGCUCUGUUGGCCACUCCGAGAGGUGGGCCAGUCUGUGGAUCAGAGAUGCACCACCAAGCCAAGGGAACCUGUGCCCGGUAUUCGAUAUUGCGACUUUCUGCCUGGAGGGUAUGACGGCAUGUGACUCGGGGGUGGCUGACCAUGCUCAUCUGCUGGUCCGUGGGACGGUGCCCAAGCCAGAGGCUGGGUCCAUUUGUGUAACGACAAUAAACGGUACUUGUCAUUUCGGGUAA